AGCUCACAUCAAUAGUUCUCCUAAUGCACGCUCAGUCAGGCAGCAUCGGUGGCUGCAACGUCUGAUUGAUAAGAUUUUACCCUCGCUAAAUCUGAUCAUAAUUGCUUAUGUUAUUACUAUAGCCCAGGGAUGUGGAGAAUGGACAGCUGUAAUUUGCAAUAUGAGGAAUGUGACAUGUGACUGGCAAUGUGGGACAAGAAGAGAGUAUACUAAUGUCAGAUGACCCUUUGCUGCAACCAGUUUACGUCUGCUAAUAUUACUACUACAGUAACAUAACAGACUUUAUCGUCUGUUGGAAAUCAACCCUGAAGAGGAAGGUGACAUUGGAAUCAUCAUGGAGUCACUAGAAACUACUGCAGAGGUGAAACGCUCUAAAGAGGCUCUGGAUAAGACAGUUCCCCAGAGAAAGUCAGCAGCACCAGAACCUACGACUGCCCAAACUAAAAUACCCCCCUCGGCUGAUUCGGAAGGGGAGGGGUGGCAUCUAUGCCCAGAACCUGAGAAGGACCAGAGUAGAACCACAUGUUGUUCAACAGAUAUGUCUGACUCAGGGAAACUAAGACAAUUAGAAGGGAAAUCACUACGCCAAUUACAGGAUCAACCCUGCAGUCAUCCUCAUUACAACGUAUUAACCUCAUAUCCACCACAGGAGAGACAGACAGUUCCCUUUGCUAGACAGAAAACAGCAGAUCACUUGCUUUCUGCACUGCCACUUGUCAGCUGUGAAGGGCCCUCUCCUCAGAGGAGCUCCGCCAGUUUACCCGUGUCUCUCCAACACUGUUCCCAGUCAGGAAUAGAGGAACUAUCCAAGGAGGUGUGUAGUAAGAUGGAGCAGAAGCAGCAGCAGAGACCUGGAAAGUAUGUUUGUGAUUAUUGUGGGAGGGCAUGUGCCAAACCCAGCGUACUUAAGAAGCAUAUUCGCUCACAUACUGGGGAGAGACCCUACCCAUGCGUGCCCUGUGGUUUCUCCUUCAAAACCAACAGCAAUUUAUACAAACACAGAAAAUCUCAUGCUCACUCGGUCAAAGCUGGUACAGUGCCAUUUUCAGAACUGGGUUCUUACAAUGCCAACAUGGAGGACCAGGGAUCUUUAGAAGGAGAAGUAGAGUUCUACUCUGAUGCUGAGCAGAGCUCGGACACGGACGAAGACGAUUCAUCGCUCUUGGACACUGUUUCAGUGGAGGAACCAGAUAGCACCACUGCUGUUAAAGUACUGAAUCUCAUUGCCCAGAAACAGGGAGUUACAUUAGCAUCAACAUUAUCUGAGGAUGGUUCACCCAGGCUCUUGGAGAUCAAUGCUGCUCAAGCUCCAGCUGUUUCUCAGGUCAGCCGUGCAAUCCAAUCUAGCGCCAUCAAGCAGAGGCUGGCACUACGGCUCUCAGAGAAAAGGAGCAGUGACACUGACACAUCUCUCUCCCUGCCUAGCCAGGGAAGCAAAGGCAGCACAGACUCAGGCUACUUCUCACGCUCUGAGAGUGCUGAACACCAAACAGGUGGUCCUCCCAACACAAACACCAAGUCCUAUCAAGAGAUAAUGUUUGGAAAGUGUUACAAGCCGAACCCGAAACAACAGUCCAUAACUGUUGUGACUUGCAGGACAGACUUAAUGAGUAAUUGUAAGACUUCGGAGCGAGGUGUUUCCCGCGUAUUCACACAAGAAAAGGAAUCAAUGGUUGAAUCGAUCAGAAUAAACACACAUUCAUUUACAAGGGAGGACAUUAAGGAGGCUCAACUAGAGCUCUCUGAUUCUGGACAGCUGGUCCGGAGCAACUCGAUGCCCACGUCCUCGGUGGCAUGUCAGGACAUGUCACAAGGCCUGCGAGGCAGCCACUCCUUUGAUGAAAGGGCGUCCCCUGGAGGCAUUAGGAGACUUACGAGACAGGCUGCCUUUGAACACUCUGCACACGAUGGACCUCCUGACCACUACGGAAACAUCUCUGAUAUUUCCAACCUUGGAGUGGAGAUGGAAAGUUUCACCAUCCAACAAAAGCAAGCGAUGGAAUAUGCGACGAGGAAACGGCGGAAGGAAAACUGUGUUGCGGAGGAGGAGGAUGUAGGAGGCCAGUAUCACACAGACUAUGACCACUCUGAAGAGAUGAGGGACUGUGAUUCAAAGCAAACCUCUCAAGGUGCUCUAACCACUACAUCCUCAGUGAAAGGACAUGCCCAAAGCGUGCACACACAGGAUAGAACACAAUGUGAUAGACUGGAAAGGGAAAUGUGGGAAAAGAGAGAGAGAGAAGAGAGAAGAUCUGUAGGUAACGUCAUCUCUGUGAUUCAACACACUAACUCCCUUACCAGGUCUCUCUCUGAACAGUCAGAUUCUUACAACUACCAGAGACAGGAUAAGGCUUCCUCAAUGGAUGUGGUGGAGCAAACCGAAACUAGAGAGAUGCAUAAAAGGACUGAGAUCUUUGUACAUCAGUUGAGUGACAGUAGAUUAUUAGAUAAGUCGUAUCAAAUGACACCUAAGCUAGUCCGUCAGUCCAACAUACCGGUUCCAGAGAUCAGGGUGACUGUAGAACCAGACAGUCCAGAGAAAGAGAAAGCAGCUGAGGUGAAACAGGUGAAGGUGAAGGAGCCUGAUAGACAUAUAGAGGAGUUCCAAUGGCCUCAGAGGAGUGAAACUCUGUCUCAGUUCCCCCCAGAGAAACUCCCUCCAAAGAAGAAGAGACUGCGCUUAGCUGACUUGGAGCACUCCUCUGGCGAGUCUAGCUUUGAGUCGGCUUGUACAAGCCUCUCCCGGAGCCCCAGUCAAGACAGCAAUUUAUCCUACUGCUCCAGCUUCUCGUUUGACCGAGAGGAGAAAGAGAGAGAGGUUAUCCCGAAGCCAGCUUCCCCGGCGGCUAGACAGGAUGAGUUUGGCAAAGCGUUGGAGUUCUUAGCGGUGCCAGGAAGCGGCCACUCCCUCUCUGUCCUGAACCAACGUCAACAACAUGAAAUGAGACGUACCUCUUCAGAACAGGCACCGUGCCACACCCAGUGCAGAGAGCUCCCAGAGGUCCGCAGCGUAUCGUUUGACUACGGCAGUCUCUCUCCAACGGCCAAAGUUAGACAUGCGGAACUCAGCGCCAGCUACUCAGAGCCCAGACGGGGUAACUUGGUAAGACAGGAGUCCUUGAAUGUUAACCUUGAAUUUGCACAUCCAGUCCUUCCGCUAAAUAUUCUUCCUCAGUACCUCAGCAGUGCCCUGUCGUUCUCAGCCACCGCUCUGCACUCUCAGUCUCUGCCAAUGUUCGCCCCUCAGCCAUCACACUCUGGUCUCCUAGUUCCUGUUAGAAUCCAGACUCACGUGCCAUCCUAUGGUAGCAUCACAUACACCACUGUGUCCCAAAUUGUAGAAGAUCCAUUCAAAAGCGUUAACUCCACGAGAACCUCUUUUCUCACUUCUCACUUCGCAAAUUUAGCCACAAAUUUGGAUACAUCUAAUCUAUUAUUAGGACACCCUCGAGGACUGUUGACCAGCCCAGUCCAGGUUCAAGUUCUAGAUCUGCCCCCAGCUAAGCUGAAGACAGGCAUCCCUCUCUCCCUGACCUCCAGGACGAUCUCCACCACCAACUGUGGGUCCAGUGGUGGGUCCAACAAGCGCAUGUUGUCUCCGGCCAGUAGCUUGGACCUGUUCAUGGAAGUCAAACAGCAGAAACGCGUCAAAGAGGAGAAAAUGUACGGUGAGAUAGUGGAGGAGUUGGGUGCUGUGGAGUUAGGUAAUUAUAAUGUGACUGAAGAGAACAAGCAUAGUUUAAAGUCAGAGUUUCAAAGUGACACCAACCAGGGAGCAUCACUGUCAGGCUUUCCUUCAAAAUCCUCUUUGUCUCCGUCAUCCUCGCUUCAUUCUCAUAACGAGCCAGCAAGUGGAAGCUUCAUCUCACCUCAGCAACAAGGGUCAGAAAGUCCUGAUUUCCCUAUGGAUAACUCCCCAACAGAAGCAAGCCUACAUCCACAUGCUCUGCUUUCUCUAAAGGAUUUCAAUGAGUCUGGCAUGGACAGCAAGGCACAGAUGGAGGUGCUGGUGCAGCUAGUCAAAGGUCAGGGCAUCCUCAUCUCUGACGGGGAAAACACCAAACGGAUAUCUCAAUUUCCAAGUCUCCGCACAAUGACAGCUGUGAGUUGGUGCUAUCUGAACUACACCAAGCCAAACAGCACUCACAGCAGCUCUCCCCUGUCCUCUGUGUACGCUACGUGGUGCAUCAGUUCCCAUAACCCCAACCCUCCUAACCUCAACACCAGUGCCACCUUGGCUCUGCUUCGCUCCAAACAGACGACUAACACAUGGCUAUACACCAUGGCUGCCAUGUACCAACCUGGGACUGGGAAGCUGGUCUCCUCCUCACUCUUAUGGAGACAGCAGCUCGGGCUGCUACAGAGCAAACCAGAGCUCAAAGAGCUGGAAGGGAGCUCCUAUGGAAGGAAAGUGAAGGAUGCCAGCUGCAGGGUAAAAGCAGGGAAGGAGGACUGGAAAGAGAGGGAGGUCUCCUCGAAACAAACAGCAGCGCCAACGCCAACACCAACGCCAACACCAACACCAACACCAACACCAACCCGGAUCAAAAUAUUUGAAGGAGGGUUUAAGUCCAAUGAGGACUAUGUGUACGUGAGAGGCCGAGGCCGGGGGAAGUAUAUCUGUGAGGAGUGUGGCAUCCGCUGUAAGAAACCUAGCAUGCUGAAGAAACACAUACGCACCCACACUGACGUCAGACCCUACGUCUGCAGGGUCUGCAACUUCGCUUUCAAAACUAAAGGAAACCUGACCAAGCAUAUGAAGUCAAAGGCUCACAUGAAGAAGUGUCUUGAACUUGGGGUGUCAGUCACAGUGGAUGAUACAGAGACACUGGAAUCUGAUGACAUCCAGCAAGACUUGAAGACCGGGGUCUUGAGCACAGCCAAACACCAGUUCUCAGAUGCAGACGACUCCGAUGGCAUGGAUGAAGAGAUCGACGAUAUUGACGAAGAUGACGAUGAUGAUGAUGACUACGACUGUGACUCUACUCCCAAGAUCCUUUCCCGGAGCACCAGCCCUCAGCCCUGUGGCGUAGCCUCUCUGUCGGUCACAGCUACCGCCGUCAUCCAGGGUGUGUCGUCAGAUGUCCAUGGCUGUCCCCUCAGUACCUUCCAUCCCCUCCCCAGCUGCCUCUCAACCUACACCCUGCCUAGCGUCGAUAUCCACCCCCACCCCCAUCCCACUUCCACCCUGCCGGGCAUCGAUGUCCACCCCCAUCCCGGUCCCCCUUCCACGGUCAGGAGGACAGGGCCAGACCGGAGAACUGUCUUGGCCUCCAGCCUGGACAAGGAAGACUGUAGCCUGGCCAUGCUGUCUCCUGACCAGGGCUGUCUGUUCUUCGACCCCUACCCCACCUGUCUCCUGUCCCCCGGCUGGGAGUCCCCUCUGAGGGAACCGCCUAACUCCCGCCUCUGCUACCCCUCACCCCGGAGAGACCUCUCCUCUCGGGGACGUUCCUCACCUCGAUGGGACACCUCCCCGCUGAGGCCCAGCUCCCCCAACCUCACCCCCAUCCAGCACCUCUUCCCGGCCUGUAUGGAGAGGCCCCUGUCCCCAGGUGGAGUGGACCUGGCAGGGAGGAGACAGAGGGUGGUGCUCAGGGCUGUGUCUCCACGUAGAGGGGGCUCACAACAUAGAGACUCUGGGGAUAAAACCAGGCAGCAAGCCAAGGCUGAAGUGGUCCAACAGGGAGGAGCCAUUGAAAUGGAUAUGGAUCAGAGGAGAAGCGUGCCUCCCUGCCUGCCUGGGUCCACCUGCUCCAGUUGUCCCCGUCAGAACCUCUUCAGCCACCUCCCCCUACACUCUCAGCAGCAGGCUGGGACUCUCCUACCCAUGGUGCCUAUCGGAGGGAUCCAGGUACUGUGCUCCCUGCCCUCCUGCAGCUCUGACCGGACCCAUCUGUCAGCCCUAUCCCCUCAAAAGACUGAGCUCCACCAGGACAGCACUAAGGAGGGAUCUGUUCGUCUGGCAGCCCUUGGUGCAGAGGACUCAGGAGCCCAGCAGCAGGGGAGAGAGAGGGGGAUGGAGAGGGAGAGGGAGAUGGAGAGGGGGGUGGAGAGGGAGACCGGGAUGGGGAGGGAGAGGCUGUCCCCCCUCCAGACACCCUGGGACUCUGAGGAGGAGAACCCCCCUGUCUCUGUCCUCACGGUCAGGAACCCUAAGCAGGAAGAGGUUCUUCAGACCUGCACCAAGGCCAUCGCCUCCCUCAGGAUCACCUCUGAAGAGCAUCUAUAGACUGGGGUUGCAUCCCAAAUAGUACCCUAUUCCCUAUAUAAAGCACUACUGUUGACCAGAGGGCUCUCGUCACAAGUAAUGCACUAUAUAAGGAAUAGCGUACCAUUUGGGCCUUUCCUUAUUUGGGACGCUCCUUGGAGUUUCCUCCAGGAGCAGCUGAGCCCCCCCCAUCCAACAUCCAGUCCUCAGCUAGCAUGGUUCUAGAUCAAUUAGCGCUGUCUUGACAGCUGCUAUGGUCACGCCAACUUCUCUGGUCACAUAUGAGUUGGUAAGACAGCACAAAUAGAUAUGGAACCAGGCUAUGUUCACAGUCCCUCUCAACCUCAUUCCACCAGACAGACAGACAGACAGACAGACAGACAGACAGACAGACAGACAGACAGACAGACAGACAGACAGACAGACAGACAGACAGACAGACAGACAGACAGACAGACAGACAGACAGACAGACAGACCCCAUUGGUUGGGUGUUGGGGGAUUCUUCUCUCACUUUCAGUUACUUCAGGUUUCUUCAUGUUAGUAAUGCAAAGGUCAUGUGUCUUAACAUUCCCCUCCCCUCCCCUCACCAUACUAUGAUCUAUAUCUGAGAGGAAAACAAACCUUUAAAUACAUUAAAAAAAACAGAGACUUUAUACUCUCUAUGAAUUCUCUAUGAAUUUUUUGGAACUUUUAGGUCAGUGGAGUUCCUCGCAGCAAAGGAUACGCAAGAGGACGGUUGAAGUAGUGGACACAGGUGCAAUAUAUGGGAUUUAAAGAGAAUGCUUCUACGUUAAUUAUGCUUGCAUACACUUGCACACAAACAGAAUCAUUUAUAUUUAUUAUACCCCAUAACCCACUCUUAACACAUUUAUUCAUAUAAAUGUAUAUGUGUACUAUUUUCAAAAUAGGCUUGUUGUUUAAAUUGUAUUCAUAUCGAGUGAUUAGUUAUGGAUUUGAUUCUUGGAGAGAAAUUGGAAAGGAAAUAACGGGGAAAGUAUCUAAAAAUAUGAAAGUAUUUGAAAACUGAAUCUGACCAAAUUUAGUGUAGACUUGCUUCUUGUCCAGUUUGGUGCUUUUGAUUGAAAAGCAAAGAUCUGUGCCUUUUCUUUGCUUUCUGCGUAUGUUUUAAGUAAUCAUAUUAAGCAAGGAAAAAGUGAAUAUCAUGUUUAAGGAAACUUUGAAUCAGAAUUAUCUGACGUGACAGUGUUAUUGUCAACAACAAAAAUUGCACAAAAAAAAUUGCUUUUACUUUGUGGAAUUAAAUUGCUGUUUUUUAUAGCUACAUUUUAUGUAAAAUAUAUCUAUUUGAAAUAUUUGUUAUGUUGCAGAUUCUCAAUGUUGUGGUUUUAGCUUUUUGAACAAACGCAUGAGUUUUUGCUAUUGCACAAAUAGAGAAGUGCAUACUGUAAGAUGUCUUUGUAUAUUAGAAAAGUAUGCUUUUAUUGAUGAUGGUAAAUAUUUGUCUACUAUUUAUAUGCUGUAUAUGAUCUCCACUUAUGCAACAGUGUGUCCCACUGACCCAUGCUUAUGAGAUGCUUAUAAGAGGCUUAUGAGAUGCUUAUGAAGUCAUGUCAUUGAAUUAUAACUUAUGGCUUUAAUCAAUCGUUGUUUGUUAUUCUGGCCUUUGAACCUUUAUGAAUUGAAAUAAGCACUUUCAUCCUAUCUUUGAUAACUGACUGAGAUGGUUAUUAAGGAGAAAUUAAAACAAUCAUGUAUUCUAGUGUCACUUCAAACAUUCCACUACUUUGAAGUGAUUAUUAUCUGUGUGCACGUACAGGGCACAUAAGUUUAACUCCUCUUUCAUUUCAAGUGUGAAUGCAUUUUACUUAAGUUUUUGGUAAAGAAGAUGGGUGGGUUGAGUAGUUUGUAACAACCUGUAACGACGUACCUUGAAAUUCAAAUUUCCUUUACGUCCAAUUUGAAAUUCUUUUUUCAGUGUUGAAUUCACAUGACUUUUUAUGUGAAUUGUAGAUACAGAGAUAAACGACUAAGAUUAUCUUUUCAGAGGUAAAAAAAUAUUGGCUGCAUUUCCAAUAUGGAAGUUAACAGGAAUGUUAGCAAAUUGACAUUUUGACAUUUACAGGUUCACCGUUGAGGCAUGGAGUUAGUGGAUUGAUUUGAAACACACAACUCAACAUGUUUACAUUACAAGCACGGUGUUAUAAUCAGCUUUACCUCUCACAAGAAUGUCUGGGGUAGCUAUCGCUGGACCCACUCAAUGUACAUGCUGUCUGGGGUCCUACUGUAAGGUAUGUAGCAUAUAGCUACAGGGUUAUGUUAUGUGUGUAUACAGGUGGGGAAUGGAAAUUCUUGCAACCAAUAGAUAUUACUUUCUGUUGGAUUUCAUUUGACUGCAGAUUAUCAGUUUGUAUCAUCUCUCCCUCUCCUGCUACUGAACAGAAUUACACUGAGUAUACUAAACAUUAGGAACACCUUCCUGAUUUUUGAGUUGCACGCCCCCCCCUCUUUUGUCCUCAGAACAGCCUCAAUUCAUUGGGGCAUGGACUCUACAAGGUGUCAAAAGUGUUCCAUAGGGAUGCUGGCCCAUAUUGACUCCAAUGCUUCCCACAGUUGUGUCAAGUUGGCUGGAUGUCCUUUGGGUGGUGGACCAUUCUCGAUACACACAGGAAACUGUUGAGUGUGAAAAACCCAGCAGCUUUGCAGUUCUUGACACAAACCAGUGCACCUGGCACUUACUACAAUACCCCGUUCAAAGGCGCAUAAAUAUUUUGUCUUGCCUAUUCUCCCUCUGAAUGGCCCACAUCCACAAUCCAUGUCUCACUUGUCUCAAGGCUUAAACAUCCUUCUUUAACCUGUCUCCUCCCCUUCAUCUACACUGAUUGAUGUGGACUUAACAAGUGACAUCAAUAAGGGAUCAUAGCUUUCACCUGGAUUCACCUGAUCAGUCUAUGUCAUGGAAAGAGCAGGUGUUCUUAAUGUUUUGUAUACUCAGUGUAUAGUACUUUCUGUUGCAGAGUAUCGUCUGUGUUUUAUUCCACUAUGUCAUAUCUAUUGAACUGCCUUGUGCUUCUGGUGUUUAUUAAAGCCUGUGUUAAAUCACAGAUCCUUUACCCAUCAGAUAUUGAA